AUGGACCCCGGCUUGUGCCGAUAUGUUCAGACGCGAUCUGACGCGCUCUUCCAUACUUCGCAGCCGUACACACAAGGUAUAUUACCGCCGAAUGAUUAUUUCCCAUCGUCGCACUCUCUUUCCAUCUCGCGCUGUGCAAGCGCACCGCUGGCUAUGCGUCAACCGAAAGCAUGGAAUGACUUAACCCUCCUGCAGGAUGAACCGUUCAGAGGGGCGUUCGAGGGUCGUUCGCAGACGCGGCACCAAAGCCGUAAGAAUCAAGCUACAUGGGAGCGAAAUCUGGCUGCCAAGGUGUUGGAGAAUGAGCGAGCCACUGUCUUCGCAUGGACCGCUCUGGCAUUUGCCUGUUCUCCUGGCGAAAAGGAACCAGACAAGAACAUUGGCUUAACCUUCAGUUCCCUGCUUUUUACCCAAAUCUUCUGGUGUUUGUAUCAGGAACAAAGUGGCGAAGCCCAAGCACUCUUGCGACGUGCGCGGCAACACGCGGGGUUCUGGUUUGAGGUGCCGGAGCAUGGGGAUGAUCUUGCGCAUGCGGCUGGAACCUCAAACAACCCGAAAAAGCGCCGGACCAAGAGAAAGCGUCGCAAUCCUCAUAGUAAUUCCGUCGACCAUAGCAGAGAUGGGAGUGUUGCGUCGAAGAAAAGUCGCGAGCGGUCGCUCGAGCAUGUUCACUCAGCUUCUGCUGACUGCAUGAUCGAAGAGAGUCCUACUGCCAGAGAACUUGGUGCACCAGCCACUCCUGCCGGAUGGGAUACGGACUCUACGCUCACAAGCUUGCCCUCUUCAGAUGAAUCCGAUUCUGAGGUGUCGGUGCAGCUCGCUUCUUUCCUGACGUCUAAAGUUCCACCCAUCAUGUCGACUUCGCGACCAAAAAGAGCGGCUACGACUCAUGAAAAUAUAACGCCACUGGCCACUAUGAAAUUCAAAUACCACCGUAAUGGCGGACGUGAAUCAAGCAUUGACUUGGCAGAUUAUAUUCCGUCUGCUCUGAUUUCGGCGGACCGUAAGGGUAGGAGGAGCAAGCGUCCGCGACUCUCCAAGCCCGUUGAAGUUGGUCCCGAGUCGUUGACGACGGAACUGAGCAGCAUAGACACAUCCAGGCGGGAGAAUACCACUGUUGAUCUAGUUGCGCCGGCAGAAACUGUUUCGUCCACUACUGCGCAGCAGAUACGAAGUGUGUCUAUCUCAAGCAAAGAGAAGGAUGCUCUGGCUACAGGGAAUCCCAAAAUCUCCAACGCAAAAAAGGCUUACAAAGUUCGAGAGAAGAAGGUUACAGCUAGAGAGCGUCGGUCUGCUGUUCUUGCAAACAAAGAUACUGCAGUUUCGAGGAGCGGGAUCAUCUCGUCACAUCCUUCCGUGAGUCUGGGCAGCCGAGGCACACGUAACAACCGAGAUCGUACAGCGCAGGAGGACGUACUAUCCUCAGUCGCACCUAUCGACCUUUGCCCCUCCCCUGGCAGGACCGGACCCCGUCUUUCUACAGGAUUGCCAGGAGCCUCCGGGAGAAGCCAACAAACAUCCAACAAAGGAAUGAGAAGCGAAGGAAGCCGUCCUCGCACAGUAGCGAAGCAGAUCGUCUCUGGAAGAGCGGCGAAAUCAAAGUCCUCUGCCCCACGUUCCAGAUGUGAUUCGAAGACACCGUCCGUAGCGGUCGACGAGACGCGACCUAUCGUCAAGAUAAAGCCCACUGGGCUUCCCGCUAGAAAAGGGGCCGGACCGAAGUGUGUUGCUCGACGUUCCAAAUACUACUCAGAGACAUCGUCCGUAGCGGACGACGAGAUGCGACCCAUCGUCAAGGUAAAGCGCACCGGGCUUCGCGCUAGAAUGAGCCCCGCGGUAAGUGGAAAGACGGCAGAUGCGAAGGUUCGCGCAAUAUCCGGCGGGUCGCAAAAGGGCUCACAGAGGAAUGCUCGUUCUAACGAGGCGAGCACCGAACGAAGUGUAGUUCAAGUCUCGUCUCCCCAGGCUGGCGUGCCUGAGGAUAGUCUAUGGCUACCCCAAACUGACACGCAGGCAUCAUCCGCACGUCGUCUUGGAAGCCCGCUCCUGCUAGAUGGCCAUGUUGACGGGAGCAUCUCCUCUGGGAGUACGCUAGUGAUACCAAAAGCCACCCUCCAUCUACCAAGAACAAGCUCCAGUCAACUACAUCCUAUAUCAGCUCUGGUAGAUAGUACUACUUUCGACCCGCCCUUGGAUCCGGCUGAAACCGUCAGCCGCUUGCGCUCGCGUUUAAGACCUCCGCUCCCCUGCACACCGCCAGUCUGGGCCAAACACCGACAAGAAGUGUGCGAGACGGUAGAGUGGUUCCGGAGCUAUCAAGGCGGCGUCUACUUCAAUAAGAACUAUGCGCAUGGAUAUCUCCUCAGUGCCUUCUCGGCAAGUCGCGAUAUCUUUCACCAUCAAGGGAAAUUGAUCAUAUCCCACGGAGGAGGCAGAGCAGAAGCUCUGCAUACCAAGGAAGGCAGGACCUCGACCACGCAGGCUAGCGAUCAGCAUGCGGAUGAUCUAUCUGUUCGGGCUUUGUUGUUGAGCUACGAACAACGCCAUCCGGUAGUACUGCUCAUUGAUGACAAAUAUGAACUAUUUCCCUACGACUUACAUGCUACCAAUCCUGAUUAUACCUACGUGGCAUUAGGCAACUAUCUCAUCACACGGGUAUGGGCGGAACGUUGCAUUCCCAAGAAUUCAUCGGAGUCCGUGAUACGAUACAAGUUUGCCUUUCAGUGGUGUGAUGAACAAGGAGACCCGUGGUGGCUUAAACAACGGCUCAUGCAGACAGACUCGACUACCGAGGAAAGCUCUAGCACUGCAGCGACCAAGAAUGAUAGCUAUUCCAGGGGACAAUGCUCUGGCUCGAUCAGCGACGAGAGUUUUGCGGCGCCCUUGGACUACGACUCCGCCGGUAUCAUCAGGCGCAUCUGUCGCUUCUGUGGGAACGAGAGUCCUUUAAUCUAUGAACAAGGAUGGGUCUGUACUCAGCCAUAUUGUCAUAUGUUCUGGAUGCUCGAUGAUGGUAAGCAUCCUCACGAUGAGCUCACUUAUGCGCAAAGUUUUCUUGGCUUGCUCGACUUGCCCUCCAUGGGAUGUAGAGAUAUCAGACCGCCACUUCCCGUCGGCCCUCACUCUGACCAGAUUACUACGACCCUUGAGUUUACUCGAGGAUAUCACUGCAGGACGUGUGGGCGGCUGUCCUGUCGAGUAAAGUGGCAAUACUGGCAGUGUUCAAACUGUGGGGGCAUAUAUCACGUCCCAGGCAGAACUCGUCUUCCCAAUGAACUACGUAUUAGGAUGAAACUUGGUUUUGAUCGACACAAGGUCUCUUCAAUUUCAGGGAUCGUCAAACCGCCCUUCUGCCUCUAUACCGAGAACCGUUAUUAUGGCUACUCUCAGAUAUUCAUCUUACCCGAUGGAAGAGGCCGGAUACAUCAUAUCCUAGGCAGCCCUCUUCUCAACACAAGAGCAAAUGACAUUUUCAGAAAGUAUCAAGACCAAGCAGCAGAAGGACGUGUAUCAUUUCGAAGGUGGCCUAUCAGGAUGCAUAAAUGCAGAGGUGACCUACUGGCUCAGUACUUCUCCCACAACGGUAAGAAUCAUAAUUCUGCUAUCGUCGUCGAUCUGACUCGUCUGCUGUUCUGGCAAGCUGGUGCCCCGUAUCAUUAUGUAGGAGGCACAAACGAGACAGUGUCGUUCCAAGAGGCCCCCUCUGCCGUGAUGGAAGCAUUGGACCUCAUACAAGACCGGGCGUCAAAAGCCGUACGGAGGCCACUCAGGUUCAAUGAAAUCCUUUCCGCAGCAUAUAUGCAAGACCAACAGAUGGCGUAUCACGGAGAUGACGAGGAGGGUCUUGGACCCGUAGUGGCCUCGCUGUCACUUGGCUCCCCCGCGCUAAUGCGUUUCAGGCCUAAGGGCCAGAAGCAGGAUAUCUUGUCCAUUGUUCUACACCACGGCGACGUACUUGUGAUGGAGGGGCUUGAAGUGCAGCAGUACUACGAACAUCAGGUCCAACCAGCGGAUUUCAGGAUCGCAGCUACGGCACGACAGAUUGGAGUGCUAGAGGGCUUGUGAGAGCAUAACACUUAAUGCAAGUGCUUGCGCCAUGGUGCCGGAACAGUCACGAUAUGUCCGCGUGUAAUCAAUUUCAAUGCGCUGCAGCGUAUAUAAAGGGCCCGUGCCGUUGCUAGACAGUAUACGGGUUUCGCUUAGUACCAAAGAAGCUUCCUCGUUAGAGUCUCCUGUAGACGCCUUGAGGACGGUGAGACGACUUUGGUCGGG